AUGGGUGAGUAUGGGGUCUCCCUCGAUGAGCUCCGUACCCUUAUGGAGUACAGAGGCACGGAAGCUCGAGAGAAAAUCGAUCAAGACUAUGGAGGGACGAGCGAGCUGUGCAAGAGGUUGAAGACAGACCAAAACGGCGGAAUUGCGAACACGGAAGCGGAGUUGCAAAAACGACGCACUGCUUUUGGCGCCAACGAGAUUCCCCCACACCCUCCCAAAUGUUUUCUCCAAUUAGUCUGGGAAGCGUUGCAGGAUGUGACGUUAAUAAUCUUGUUGGUGGCGGCGAUCGUCUCUUUGGCACUUUCAUUUUACAAGCCGCCUGAUGAUGAAGAAGAUGCACGAGGACAAGACGAUUCAGAGCACGAAGCGGGAUGGAUAGAAGGAUGCGCCAUUCUCAUCUCGGUCAUUGUCGUCGUGAUGGUCACCGCGUUAAACGAUUACACAAAAGAGAGACAAUUUCGGGGAUUGCAAGCGAAAAUUGAGACCGAGCACAAGUUCUCCGUCAUUCGUGGUGGAGAAUCGAUUCAAAUCGUUGUCAACGAGCUCGUUGUUGGUGACAUUGCUCAAAUUAAAUACGGAGAUCUAUUGCCAGCUGAUGGUGUUUUGAUUCAAUCAAAUGACUUGAAAAUCGACGAAUCCUCGCUAACCGGAGAAUCAGAUCAGAUCAGGAAAAGCCCAGAGCAAGACCCGGUUGUUCUAUCCGGCACCCACGUCAUGGAAGGAUCGGGGAAAAUGCUGGUGACAGCCGUUGGAGUGAACUCUCAGACGGGAAUCAUCAUGACGCUUCUCGGUGCCGCGCGAACAGUGGUUGAAGAAGAAAGGAAAGCCGCGAAGAGAGAUGGUGGAGAUCGUUCAGCUGUGGAGCUCGAGGAUGGCACUAGACAAGCGCUUAUCCAAUCUGAAGGGAAAGCCGAAGCAAACGGCGAGGUCGAAAAGGCUCCAAUGCCGGCCAUUGAAGAAAACAAAAAGGAGCGAUCUGUUCUGCAAGCGAAACUUACACGACUAGCCAUUCAAAUCGGUUAUGCUGGUUCCUUUGUGGCCGCUUGCACCGUGUUGAUCCUCGUCAUUCGAUUCUGCAUCACCGAGUACGCGGUCAAUGGAAGAAACUUCAAAGUGAAAGAUUUCGAGCAAUUCGUCAACUUCCUCAUUAUUGGAGUUACUGUUCUUGUGGUGGCUGUGCCAGAAGGUCUUCCACUUGCUGUCACUUUGUCGUUGGCUUAUUCCGUUAAGAAGAUGAUGCACGAUAACAACUUGGUGCGACACUUGGAUGCUUGUGAGACGAUGGGAAAUGCCACUUCGAUUUGCUCGGAUAAGACCGGAACUCUGACGACAAAUCGAAUGACUGUCGUUCAAUCGUUCAUCAAUGAUGUCCAUUACAAAGAAAUACCGAAAAUGGAAAAGUUGGACAAGGCAACUUUGGAUUUGCUGAUGAAUUGUAUUUGUAUCAACAGCUCGUAUUCGUCACAAGUGAUUCCCGCUAAACAAAUCGGUGAACAGGCAACUCAACUUGGAAACAAAACCGAAUGCGGAUUGCUUGGAUUCGUGUUAGCUCUGGGGAAUUCAUAUCAAGAGAUUCGAGACAAGAAUCCAGAAGAGUCGAUCUUUAAAGUGUACACGUUCAACUCUGUUCGCAAGUCAAUGUCAACAGUCAUCCGAAAGGGAAAUGGAUAUCGAGUUUUCUCUAAAGGAGCUUCAGAAAUCAUUACCAAACGAUGCAACUAUUUCCUCGGAAAAGAUGGGAAAUUGCAGAAAUUCAGCGAAAAGGAUCAAGAGCGCCUUGUGCGUGACGUUAUUGAGCCGAUGGCUUCUGAUGGACUCCGAACGAUCUGCUUGGCGUACAAGGACUAUGUUCGAAGUGGUGAAAGCCAUAGCGAGAACGAUACAACCUUCUCGAGUGAUCCCGAUUGGGAGGAUGAGACAAAAGUCACCGAGGAAUUGACAGCAGUUGCGAUUGUUGGAAUUCAAGAUCCUGUUCGACCUGAGGUACCAGAAGCUAUCCAAAAAUGUCAACAUGCUGGUAUUACUGUCCGUAUGGUCACUGGUGACAACAUCAACACCGCUCGCUCAAUUGCUACUUCAUGCGGAAUCCUGAAGCCAGGAGAUGAUUUUAUCGCUCUUGAGGGAAAAGAGUUUAAUGCUAGAAUCCGUGACGCGAAUGGUGAAGUUUCUCAAGAGAAACUUGAUAUGCUUUGGCCGAAACUACGUGUGCUUGCUAGAGCUCAGCCAACAGACAAAUACACGCUUGUGAAAGGAAUUAUUGAUUCAAAAGCAACAGAGUCAAGAGAAGUCGUCGCUGUGACUGGAGACGGAACAAAUGAUGGACCGGCUCUUAAGAAAGCCGAUGUUGGAUUUGCAAUGGGUAUUGCUGGAACGGAUGUUGCCAAAGAGGCAUCUGAUAUCAUUCUCACUGAUGACAAUUUCACCUCGAUUGUCAAGGCCGUAAUGUGGGGCAGAAAUGUCUACGAUUCGAUCGCCAAAUUCCUUCAAUUCCAAUUGACUGUCAACGUUGUGGCUGUGGUGGUGGCUUUCGUCGGAGCUUGUGCCAUUCAAGAUACUCCUCUUAAGGCUGUGCAAAUGCUUUGGGUGAAUUUAAUCAUGGACACUCUUGCCUCAUUGGCUUUGGCCACCGAAAUGCCAACCGAAGAGCUUUUGAAGAGGAAACCUUAUGGUCGAACAUCGCCAUUGAUUUCCCGCACGAUGAGCAAGAAUAUCCUUGGACAUGCUUUGUAUCAACUUGUCGUCCUCUUCCUCUUGAUAUUCCUUGGUGAUCAAUGGUUCCAAGUGACAUCCGGCCGUUUUGCUGAAAUGCACGCGCCACCAUCUCAACAUUUCACUAUCGUUUUCAACGCGUUUGUCUUGAUGACCCUCUUCAAUGAGAUCAAUGCGAGAAAGAUUCACGGCGAGCGGAAUAUCUUUGCGGGUCUCUUCAGCAAUCCAAUCUAUUACAUCAUUUGGAUCGCGACUUUCAUCUCGCAAAUCCUGAUCGUGCAAUUCGGCGGUCGCUGGUUCAGCUGUGCCGCUUUGGAUCUCGAGCAAUGGUUGUGGUGUCUAGCACUUGGAGUCAGUGUGCUACUGUGGGGACAAGUGGUGACGAGCAUUCCCACAGGCUCUCUUCCCACCCAAAUGACUAUCGGUGGUGGUGAGCCGGACACAGCACAAAUGCUUUUACCCGGUGAAUACGAGGACCCAGACACGCAUGAGAAACGAUCCGGGCAAAUCUUGUGGAUUCGAGGGCUCACCCGUCUUCAGACUCAGUUGCGAGUGGUGAAAGCUUUCCGAAGUAAUCUCGAGGAGUUCGACGAGCGACGAUCGAUCGCUUCAACGCACUCAAUGCAAUCGAUGAGAGGCUGGGGACGAAUGGGCGCGAGCUCGCCGGAUCCAAACGGAACACGAGCUGCAGUGGCGGCGCUCUCGCAUCGAGCAUCCCCGCAACCAUAUCCAUAUUAUCAUCAUCAACAACCAAGGAGCCCGUCACCACAGCCACAAAUCGUUCUCGAGAAUGGUGGGGGCACAAAUGUGGAGAAAGUGCCACUCGUGCAAAAAUGGAGUCCCGCACACGGAGCGUCGUCUCGUAUCUCGAAGAGCAUGUCACUCGAUACACCAGUUUCCGUGGCUCAUGUC